UUGUCUGACAACUCCAAGCUCGCUCUCACCAGCCAUGAUGGCCAGACAGCAGUGUGUCCGAGGUGGGUCCCAGGGCUUUAGCUGUGGCUCAGCCAUUGUCGGUGGGGUCAAGAGGGCUACAUUCAGCUCAGUCUCCGUGUCUGGGAGCACUGGCCGCUGCUCCUCUGGAGGCUUCGGCAGCAGGAGCCUCUACAACCUUGGGGGGAGAAAGAGCAUCGCCAUCAGCAUGGCUGGGUCCCGACAAGGCACUGGUUUCGGGUCUGCUGGAGGUUUUGGCCCUGGCAGCUUUGGAGCUGGUUUUGGUGCUGGCAACUUCGGUAGUGGAUUUGGGGGUUCCUUCAGUGGACGGGGUGGUCCUGCCUUCCCUGCCUGCCCUGCUGGCGGGAUUCAGGAGGUCACCAUCAACCAGAGCCUGCUGACCCCACUCCACGUGGAGAUCGACCCCGAGAUCCAGAAGGUCCGGACUGAGGAGCGGGAGCAGAUCAAGACCCUCAACAACAAGUUUGCCUCAUUCAUCGACAAGGUGCGGUUCUUAGAGCAACAGAAUAAAGUCUUGGAGACCAAGUGGAACCUCCUCCAGCAGCAGACAACCACUACAUCCAGCAAAAACCUUGAGCCUCUCUUUGAUGCCUACAUCAGUGCUCUGAGGAAGCAGUUGGAUACUUUGGUCAAUGACAAAGGACGCUUGCAGUCUGAGCUGAAGACCACACAGGACAGUGUGGAGGACUUUAAGACCAAGUAUGAAGAUGAGAUCAACAAGCGUGCAGCUGCAGAGAAUGACUUCGUGGUCCUCAAGAAGGAUGUGGAUGCCGCCUAUAUGAGCAAGGUGGAGUUGGAGGCCAAGGUGGAUGCUCUGAACGAUGAGAUCAACUUCUUGAGGGUCCUCUUUGCUGCGGAGCUGUCCCAGAUGCAGAUUCAUGUCUCAGACACAUCUGUGGUCCUGUCCAUGGACAACAACCGGGACCUGGACCUGGACAGCAUCAUUGCUGAGGUCCGUGCCCAGUAUGAGGAGAUUGCCCAGAAGAGCAAGGCUGAGGCUGAAGCCCUGGUCCAGAUCAAGGUCCAGAAGCUCCAGAUCUCGGUUGACCAACAUGGUGACAAUCUGAAGAAUACCAAGAGUGAGAUCUCGGAGCUCAACAGGUUGAUCCAGAGGCUGAGGGCUGAGAUUGAGAAUGUCAAGAAGCAGUGCCAGACUCUGCGAGCUUCUGUGGCUGAUGCAGAGCAACGUGGGGAGCUGGCCCUCAAAGAUGCCUACAGCAAGUGCACAGAACUGGAGACAGCCCUGAAGAAGGCCAAGGAGGAGCUGGCCCGGAUGUUGCGCGAGUACCAGGAGCUCCUGAGUGUGAAGCUGGCCCUGGAUGUGGAGAUCGCUACCUACCGCAAGCUGCUGGAGGGCGAGGAGUGCAGAAUAUCUGGAGAAUGCCAGAGUGCCAUGAGCAUCUCUGUGGUUAGUGGUGGCACUAGGGCCGGGGGCAUCGGCGGAGGAUUAGGAAGCUGUUCUGGAUUUGGCCUGGGCAGUGGUUUUGGCUCUGGUUCCGGAAGUGGCUUUGGGUUUGGUGGUGGUGUUUGUGGCAGUUCUGGCAGCAAGAUCAUCUCUACCACCACUAUGACCAAGAGGUCCCACCGAUAGAGGAGAUGAGGUCCCUGCAGUCCCUGAGCCCAGCUGGGCCCAGCCCUGGUGUCUCUGUGCUUCCUUCACCCUCACUUCCACCCUCCCUCUCUGGGGCUCAUCUUACCAGUGUCACCUCAGUGUGGGCUCUGCCCUCUUGGAGUCUGGUAGUUUCUUCUUGAUUUGGGCCUGGUGAUCCACCUGGAAUGGGAAAUGUCUGACUCUUUACCUCCCAUGGUCAGAGGAGAACACAAUCAAGAACUUCAUCUCCAGAAUCAUCAAGGUCAUGUAUGCCCCCUCCCAACCCAGGAUCCCAUAUCCCUCUACAUCAGGACCAAACUCCUCUGUCACUUGGUAGCAACUGGCCCUGCAAGGUCAGGACAGGAACCCCUCAGUGUCCCAUCCACCCCUUCUCCUUCCCUCUAUCCA